CUUGGUUCUCUAGGUGCGGUUAGAGGGCGGGUCGCGCGCCUGUCCGCCUGCCACAGAAGUUAGGACUAUGGUAUGGAGCCCGUCCCGGAGAAGGGCGCCAAAACCACUGAGGAGGAGCCUGGAAUGCCCCAUGAAUCAGCAGAGGAUUUGUUUCAUUUCAAUGUUGGAGGCUGGCAUUUCUCAGUUCCCAGAAGCAAACUUGCUCAAUUCCCAGACUCGCUGCUGUGGAAAGAGGCUUCAGCCUUGACCUCUUCAGAAAACCAGAGGCUGUUCAUUGACAGAGAUGGUUCUACAUUUAGGCAUGUCCACUAUUACCUCUACACUUCCAAGCUCUCCUUCUCCAGUUGUGCUGAACUGAACUUGCUCUAUGAGCAAGCCCUGGGUUUGCAGCUGAUGCCUUUGCUUCAGACCCUAGACAAUCUGAAGGAGGGGAAGCACCACCUCCGCGUGCGGCCUGCGGACAUCCCGGUUGCUGAGAGAGCAUCUCUGAACUACUGGCGGACAUGGAAGUGCAUCAGCAAGCCUUCCGAGUUUCCAAUCAAAAGCCCAGCCUUCACAGGUCUUCAUGAUAAGGCACCUUUGGGACUCAUGGACACCCCACUGUUAGACACAGAAGAGGAAGUGCACUACUGUUUCUUGCCCCUCGACUUGGUAGCCAAGUAUCCAAGCCUAGUAACGGAAGACAACCUGUUGUGGCUGGCUGAAACUGUGGCCCUGAUCGAGAGCGAGUGCAGCGAGUUCCGCUUCAUUGUGAAUUUUCUCCGCUCACACAAGAUUUUACUACCAGAUAACUUCUCCAACAUAGAUGUGUUAGAAGCAGAAGUAGAAAUUCUGGAAAUCCCCGAGCUUACAGAAGCUGUACGGCUGUACCGGAUGAAUAUGGGUGGCUGUUCCCGGACCUCCUGUCCUCCUCCAAGCCCUGGAAAGGGGGGUCGUACAGCUAGUCUGGAGUCUGUGAAACCACUGUACAUGAUGGCAUUGGGUCUUCUGGUCAAGUACCCAGACUCUGCACUGGGACAGCUUCGCAUUGAGAGCACACUGGAUGGAAGCAGACUGUACAUCACAGGGAAUGGGGUCCUCUUCCAGCAUGUCAAGAACUGGCUGGGCACUUGCCGACUGCCCCUGACUGAGACCAUCUCUGAGGUGUAUGAGCUUUGUGCCUUCCUGGACAAGAGGGACAUCACCUAUGAGCCAAUGAAAGUGGCUCUCAAGAGUCAUCUGGAGCCGAGGACUUUGCCACCCAUGGACGUGCUCAAUGAGGAGUGGACAGCAGGGAUCACUAUAUAUUCACCCCAACAGAUCAUCAAGCUUUAUGUUGGAAGCCAUUGGUAUGCAACCACCCUGCAGACCCUGAUGAAGUAUCCAGAACUGCUAUCCAACACUCAGAGAGUAUACUGGAUCACCUACGGACAGACCUUGCUCAUCCAUGGUGAUGGCCAAAUGUUCCGACACAUUCUCAACUUCCUGAGACUUGGAAAACUGUUUUUACCAUCAGAAUUUAAGGAAUGGCCUCUCUUCUGCCAGGAGGUGGAGGAAUAUCAUAUUCCAGCCCUCUCAGAAGCCCUUGCACAGUGUGAGGCAUACAAGUCAUGGACUCAGGAAAAAGAAUCUGAAAAUGAAGAAGCUUUUCCUAUUAGGAAGCUGCAUGUGGUGACAGAAGGGACAGGGCCAAUGGCAGAGUUCAGUAGAGAUGCCAAGGAAACCACAACCUGUAUGCCUGUGGACUUCCAAGAUUGUAGUGACAGGACUCCAUGGAACAAGGCCAAAGGAAACCUGACCAGGUCCAGUCAGAUGGAGGAGGCUGAACAGUACACCCGGACUAUCCAGGUCUCCCUAUGCAGAAAUGCUAAGAGGGGGGGCAAUCCUAGCACAUACUCACACUGUUCUGGCUUAUGUGCCAACCCCAGACACUGGGGAGGUCACUCUGAGAGUCCUCCCAAGAAGAAGUGCCCCACUAUAAACCUCACACAGAAAUCUGAUGUCAAAGACCCUCCUGUCACCCCCAUGCAAAAACUCAUAUCUUUGGUAAGGGAAUGGGACAUGGUCAACUGUAAACAGUGGGAAUUCCAGCCACUGACAGCCUCCCGGAGCAGCUCUUUGGAGGAAGCUACCCUGCAUGUCCCUGCAGGAAGUGAGGCUACUUCCCAACCUGGUACCUCAGGUGCCUGGAAAGCUCAUUCCAUAACCUCAGAGAAGGACACUGGUCCCCAGACUGGGCCUGGAGCUGGAGUGAAAGACAAAGGUCCAGAGCCAACUUUUAAGCCAUACUUCCCCACAAAAAGAGCUGUCACCCUAAAGGACUGGGGCAAGCAGAGGCCCAAGGAGAGAGUAACCUGGGCCCUGCUUAGAGGUGCCUUCGAGGACUCUGUGAAUCAAAACCUUGCCCCUGAGCAGCCUCUGCCUAAUGUUAAUGGGAUAGACAACCCAGGGGCCAUCCUCAAAGUGACUCACCCCCCUGUGGUGGGCAGUGAUGGCUCUUGCAUGUUCUUUGAAGACAGCAUCAUCUACACCACCCAGAUGGAUAACAUCAAGCAUACCCCACUCGUAGCCAGCCCCCAACCUCGAGAAGUGACUUUCCUAAGUUUCUCUUUGUCCUGGGAAGAGAUGUUUUAUGCACAGAAAUGUCACCACUUCCUGACUGACAUCAUCCUGGAUUCCAUCAGGCAAAAGGACCCCAAAGCUAUCACAGCCAAGGUGGUGUCCCUGGCCUACCGGCUGUGGACGCUGAACAUCAGCCCCAAGCAGUUUGUGGUGGAUUUGCUGGCCAUCACUGGCUUCAAGGAUGAUCGGCACACUCAGGAGCGUCUGUACAGCUGGGUAGAGCUCACACUGCCUUUUGCCAGAAAAUAUGGCCGUUGCAUGGACCUGCUCAUCCAGAGGGGACUGUCUAGGUCUGUCUCGUACUCAGUCCUGGGCAAGUAUUUACAAGAGGGUUAGAGUACCCACAGAUGUUGGUCCCACAGACCACCAGCACUUUCCCAAGGCUCAUUUUAACUGUGGAUAUCCCCAGAAUGCAUAUACCCAGCCAAUGAUACAAAUCACUCUAUUUUUAUUAUAAACAAAUAAAAGAGUAAACCACAAGACAAA